AUGUCGCACCAGAUCAAAAUGUCCCAUCAGAGGGUAGUGGGUAGUAUCACCGCAGAGCAGAGUUGGUCAAGGUCUGGAGAUACGCUAAUUAUCGAAACUGAAGACUUACUCACUCUUGAGAACUUGCCACCUGGAAAUAGUGGAUCUAGUGAGACAAUAUGUCAUGGAAAUGUGACAAAUGCAGAAACAAUUUUUGAAGGUCACGCUGCAGAGUUCAAUCUCGCAUCAAAAGAGAUUGUUGCACCCCAAAAUAGUCAAGUCCAGAGUUAUCUCUCAGCAGUGCUGAGCCACACAAGGCCUGGAGAUACCCUACUUAUUGAUGCUGAAGACUUCACCACUCUGGAGAACUUAUCAGCGGAUUACAAUUCUGCAGACAGAGAUACUAAUGAUGGUGACCUGGUUGUGCUCUCUGAUACUGAGGAAUCCUUUGUUUUACAAGAAGUUAAACAGGAAUUGUCAGAGAUCAAUAACAACAGUUGGUCGGGCAACGGUGGAUCUAUUAAGUCAAUGUCUUCUGAAAAUGAAUGUCCCUCACUCACAUCUACUCCUGCUGAAACAAUUGUCCGGAGGGGACUGUUUCCUCUCAGUGCUCAAGCAGAUUACAAUUCUUCAGACAGGGAUACAAAUGAUGGUGACCUGGUUGUGCUCUCUGAUACUGAGGAAUCCUUUGUUUUACAAGAAGAAGUACAGGCAUUGUCAGAGAUCAAUAACAACAGUUGGUCGGGUGUGUUGUAAUGCAUUCAUGACAAUUUUGCUAUUCAUAAAGUAAUGCUAUUGCUAUGAACAUUUGUUGUAUUCCCAUACUUGAUUACAGAUCCAUUGUUUGAAGAUUUCAGUAAAGGAGGUGAAUCUGAUGUGAUUGUGCUAUCUGAUUCUGAGGAAACAUUUAUUACCCCAGAAAUAAAGCAGGAAAAGUCUAAUGAUGAUUGCUUAGGUAUGUUGUACUAUACAUUUUUGCCAGUUGAUUGGUGAAAUUUCGGUUGACUCACCAGCAUUUCUUUUGAUUAUGCAGAUUCUGAUGUUGGUGGUUCGA